CGACGGGAAUUGAAGGCGAGGGGAAGGAACGAGGAAGGGGAAAGCAGCGGUAAAACCGAAGCCACAGCGGAACACGAGAGCGAAGAAUCUGGCGCUCGGGUGGUCCAAAUCUGCCGGAAUCCGAUCGAACCUUCCCUUCUUCGAUCCUCCCAGGGAUCCGAUCGAUCGCGGAUCCCGUCGCUGGGCGUCUCCCUCCCUCGAUCUUACGGUGGAUUCUAGGGUUCGUGCCGGCGCCGAUCAUGCUCUCGCUGCAGGCCGACGCGCGGCAGCACCAGCCCCAGCAGCCGCAGCCGCCGCAGCUGCAGCAGCAGCAGCAGCCGCUGUUCGGGGCGAACGUGGCCGGCGGGUUAGGAUUCCACCCAGCGGGGUCCGAUGUGGAGGAAAUACCCUUCGCCCUGCAGUUGCUUGAUGGCUCCGCUGACAUCAAGCCCUUGAUUGCGAAGCCGACUGAAGGUGAUGAAGACAUGCACUUGGCCCUUGCUCACCAGAAUUACAAAGCUGGAAACUAUAAUCAAGCAUUGGAUCACAGCAAUGCCAUUUAUAGGAAAAACCCCAAAAGAACAGACAAUCUCCUCCUCCUUGGUGCUAUUUACUAUCAGUUACAUGAUUUUGACAUGUGUAUUGCAAAGAACCAAGAGGCUCUUGCAAUUGAUCCACAUUUUGCAGAGUGUUAUGGUAACAUGGCAAAUGCUUGGAAGGAAAAGGGUGACAUUGAUCUUGCUAUACAACUUUAUCAAGCUGCCAUCAAGCUCCGGCCGAACUUUUCUGAUGCAUGGUCAAAUUUAGCUAGUGCAUACACCAGAAUAGGUAGACUGACCGAUGCAGCUCAAUGUUGUCGGAACGCCCUUGCACUAAAUCCUCGUUUGGUUGAUGCUCAUAGCAAUCUUGGGAAUCUGAUGAAGGCACAAGGCUUAAUCCAAGAUGCUUAUAAUUGCUAUGUGGAGGCCUUACGAAUACAACCUACAUUUGCAAUUGCUUGGUCCAACCUUGCUGGGCUUUUUAUGGAGUCGGGAGAUCUUAACAGGGCGCUUCUGUACUACAAGGAAGCAGUUAAACUUAAGCCAGCAUUUGCAGAUGCUUACUUGAAUUUAGGGAAUGUGUACAAGGCACUGCGAAUGCCGCAAGAGGCCAUCAUGUGCUAUCAGCAUGCUAUACAGGCACGUCCAAGUUGCACAAUGGCGUAUGGGAGUCUUGCUGGCAUCUAUUAUGAACAAGGUCGCCUUGAUUUGGCAAUUCUACAUUAUAAGGAAGCUAUCGAUUGUGAUUCAACUUUCAUUGAAGCUUAUAAUAAUCUGGGAAAUGCUCUCAAAGAUGCUGGACGAGUGGAAGAGGCUAUCAGCUGCUACAGGUCAUGCCUUGCUUUCCAACCUAAUCACCCACAAGCUUUGACAAACCUUGGCAAUAUUUACAUGGAGUGCAACAUGAUGAGCUAUGCUGCUUCGUGCUAUAAGGCAACUUUAUCAGUUACAACAGGGCUAUCUGCUCCUUUCAGCAAUUUAGCUAUAAUUUACAAGCAACAGGGAAAUUAUGCAGAUGCUAUAGCCUGCUACAACGAAGUUCUUCGCAUUGAUCCUUCAGCUGCUGAUGGGCUUGUUAAUAGGGGAAAUACAUUUAAGGAGAUUGGUAGAGUUACUGAAGCAAUUCAGGAUUAUGUACGAGCUGUGAGUAUCAGACCAAAUAUGGCCGAAGCCCAUGCAAAUUUGGCUUCAGCUUAUAAAGACAGUGGACUUGUGGAAUUAGCUAUUAAAAGUUAUAGACAGGCAUUGAUGCUACGUCCAGAUUUUCCUGAAGCAACUUGUAAUCUUCUACAUACUUUACAGUGUGUGUGUGACUGGGAUGACAGGGAGAAGAGGUUUGCGGAAGUUGAGGCCAUCAUUAGAAGGCAGAUAAAGAUGUCAGUUCUUCCAAGUGUGCAACCAUUUCAUGCUAUUGCAUACCCAAUUGAUCCUAUGCUUGCACUAGAGAUAAGCCGAAAGUAUGCAGCACACUGCUCUUUAAUUGCUUCACGUUAUGUGCUUCCAGCAUUCACUCAUCCACCUUGUGUACCUGUCAAGUCUGAGGGUAAAAAUGGGAGACUAAGGUUGGGAUAUGUGAGCAGUGAUUUCGGUAAUCACCCACUGUCGCAUCUUAUGGGCUCAGUGUUUGGGAUGCACAAUCGAGAGAAUGUGGAGGUAUUUUGUUAUGCAUUGAGUCAAAACGAUGGGACUGAGUGGAGGCAGCGGAUCCAGUCUGAAGCAGAACAUUUCAUUGAUGUCUGUUCAAUGUCAUCUGACAUGAUUGCUCGAAAGAUCAAUGAAGAUAAGAUACACAUCCUAGUUAAUCUUAAUGGUUACACCAAGGGUGCAAGGAAUGAAAUUUUCGCAAUGCAACCAGCACCGAUCCAGGUUUCUUACAUGGGUUUUCCAGGGACCACAGGUGCAAGUUACAUUGACUACUUAGUCACUGAUGAGUUUGUUUCUCCUACACAUUUGUCACAAAUCUACUCGGAGAAGCUAGUCCAUCUUCCUCAUUGUUAUUUUGUGAAUGACUAUAAACAGAAAAAUCGUGAUGUUCUGAAUCCUGUAUGUCGGCAUAAGCGAGCAGAUUAUGGUUUACCAGAAGAUAAAUUUAUUUUCGCAUGUUUCAACCAACUGUACAAGAUGGACCCAGAUAUAUUCAAUACCUGGUGCAAUAUUCUCAAGCGUGUUCCAAAUAGCGCACUGUGGCUGCUGAGAUUUCCGGCAGCUGGUGAGACAAGGCUGCGUGCAUAUGCUGCUGCUCAGGGAGUGAAGCCUGAUCAAAUCAUAUUCACGGAUGUUGCUGUGAAGAAUGAGCACAUAAGGCGCAGUGCUUUAGCUGACCUAUUCCUUGACACGCCUCUUUGUAAUGGUCACACAACUGGCACAGAUGUGUUAUGGGCUGGUUUGCCAAUAAUAACACUUCCUUUAGAGAAAAUGGCUACCAGGGUGGCUGGUUCCCUGUGUCUAGCCACUGGACUUGGUGAUGAGAUGAUUGUAAAUAGCUUGAAAGAAUAUGAAGAAAGGGCCGUAACUUUGGCAGAAAAUCCUUCAAAGCUUCAGGCACUUACGAAUAGGCUAAAGGCUGUAAGGAUGACCUGCCCACUGUUUGACACCAAGAGAUGGGUUCUUAAUCUGGAGAGGGCAUACUUCAAGAUGUGGUACUUGUACUGCUCUGGUAAUCAUCCGCAGCCAUUCAAAGUGAUGGAAAACGAUAACGAGUUUCCAUAUGACAGAUGAGGGACCGGAGGCUACCUUGAUAGUUGAAGAGUUUCAUAAUGCCGCCACAAUAUACACAUGGCAUUGAUUCAACAAAUCAUGCUCUAGAAUUUAUUAAUAUACCCCAUGGUGAUACAGCUAGCAGAUUGCAUUAUGAAGAGGCAGGUUUGCAAUUUGGGGAGGCCCAUUAUAUUUCGUGAAAAGAUAUCCUGGUGUGUUUGUAGACCUA